GAGAGAGAGAGAGAGAGAGAGAGGGGACUGAGUUGGGUUGGCGAGUCAAGUGACCGAAUCAAAGAUCUAAAAAUCUAAAAUCCCCCUUCCAACCCAUCCAAACGAAAAAAAACACAGCGUGGGGUGGUGUGGCAAUAGCAAAAAAAUGGUGAACAAGGAGAUAAUAAGUCCUCUUCCUCUCCUUUACCUCUAUCUUUCCUUUCCCAUUCUCAUCAUCAUUGUUACUACAACAACUAUCUAUCCUUCUCUAACCCUAAUACUUCUUUAUCUUUUUAACUUUCGAGCCCCAUUCUCUUCUCCUGCUCUACGAAAAUCCCAUUAUUAUUAUUUUACAUUCUCACCUAAUCUAUUUACCCUCCACCCUUCUCUUUCUCUUCCGUUUCGCUCUUUCCUCCUCUUGUCUCAUUCUUUCUUUUUCCUUUUUCUCUUUCGAGGGUUACUCAAUUUCUUAUGUACGCCCGUAUCGAGAAGGUAAAAUAAUCGAUUACCCGUGGGUUUCUUGUUUUUUCUUUGGGUGACUUGAUCUACGGAUUUGAGGAUUAGUGGUCUUACUGGAGCAUCCGUCUGGUGAAAUUAGGUGAUAACAACUUUGUCAUCAUGGAAGAGUUUUCUGGCACUCGGUUUGAUGGCAUGAACAAUGCUGUCAGGAAGAAGAGGACCCAAACUUCUCGUCGUCCUCGUCCUGACUCGCAGUCUUUUGCUGAAAGUCAAGAUCACUCACCCUUGUCAUCAACACCUCCUUCAGAUGAUGUGAGCAAGGUCUCUAGUGAUGAGAAUGCUGGUGGUGAUGCUAAUUCAAAGCGGAAAGAGUUCAAUCUUAAUCAAUGUGUUUGGAUUUCUCCUGCUGUUGGUGUUGAAGGUGAGAAAACCAAUAAAAGAAAGAAAGAAGAUGGGGGAUUCAAUGCGUUUUACAACAAUGAGCCUGGGCGAAGUGGGUCAAACAAUAAACGUUCUAGUGAGGGUGUUCUUGCCCCUGCUAAUUGGAAAAGCACAAGCAAGGCAAAGGAAUGGUCAGUAUCAGAAUCGAGGAAUGUGGAUAUAUAUGGCGGAAGGAAUGGUGAAUUUCAGAGUUCAGUGCAAGGAGCUGUUAUUGAUGGUAAUGAAAGCAAGGUUAAAAAAGUUAAGCUCAAGGUUGGUGGCAUUACUCGCACAAUUCAUGCCAACUCAGCAGCUAAUGGGAUGCCAGGGAGUGGGUCUUCUACCAGGAAGAACAAUCUUCAGGGAAGUACUGACGAGGGGCACUCCCCUCCAGAUAAAAGGAGUGGUUUGCAAGGAGUCCCCUGGAAAGAUUUCUCCAAAGGUGGUUUUAAUUUUGGGAAAGAGGAUUCUUUGAUGGGAAAGACGUCUGGAAAGAAUAUCUCCGGUAAACAAGGAGACCAAGCUGGUCUGGUUCGUAAAAGCAAGCGGGUCCCUAAGAGACGUGUACUGGAUGGGGACUUUGGUGAAGAUGACGAGGAUGAGGAGAUUCGCUACUUGGAGAGACUUAAAACAUCAAAGAUUAGUCCAGCGUACAAGGAAGAUGAUGAAUCAGGUAAGAAACAGAAAAAACUCUCUAGGGUUUCCAACCCUGAAAAUUUUGGCUCUUCAAGGUCUAGCAAAGAUGAGAAAAGGAAGCACAGAUCAGAUAGGAUAUCUGGGGAUACAGACUAUGAGGAAGAAGAUGAACCAGUGUCUGAUAGUGAGCUUGAAGGUAAGAAGAAAAAGAAGCAGAGGAAAGAAUCUGUUGAUACGUUGAUGGAGAAUAAGAGGGAAAUGACUCUCACAACACGUCAACGGGCCCUUCAGUCAAGCAAAGAUGCCUCUUCUGCACCUGGAUCAAGCUUAAUUGAGUUUCCAAAUGGAUUACCACCCGCCCCAUCAAGAAAGCAAAAGGAGAAACUUUCAGAAGUUGAGCAGCAGCUAAAGAAGGCAGAAGCUGCUCAGAGACGAAGGAUGCAAGUUGAAAAGGCUGCUAGGGAAUCUGAGGCUGAGGCUAUUAGAAAAAUACUUGGCCAAGAUUCAAGCCGGAAGAAGCGGGAAGAGAAAAUGAAAAAGCGUCAGGAAGAAUUGGCACAGGGAAAGGCUGCCAAUGCAGAGAUGCUUGCAUCAAAUACCGUCAGAUUGGUCAUGGGUCCUACAGGGACAACAGUCACAUUUCCCAGGGAUAUGGGUUUCCCUAGUCUAUUUGACUCCAAACCUUCCAGUUACCCUCCUCCACGGGAAAACUGUGCGGGUCCAUCAUGUAAUAACCCAUACAAGUAUCGAGAUUCGAAGUCCAAGCUACCUCUUUGUAGUCUGCAGUGCUACAAGGCAAUUCAAGAACAGCUGCUGGCUGAAACUACCUGCUAACAUUGCCAAAAAUCCAGUACUAAUCUCUGUGCUUAUGGUAAAUUCUGCACAUUUAUGUCUUGAUUCAUGUAUCAGAGCUUAGUAAAACGGCAUAAUUUUCAACUUAGGAUAGAGAGAUUAAACUGAGUCUGUAUAUCGCUCCCUUAUACUUUUGUGGAGCUGCUAGUUCUUUUUUUGAAAGGAGGUUGAUUCUGUGAUGUGGUUAAUAUUUUACAAGGCAGGUUGCCUAGAAAGUAGUUGUCUACAUGGUACAAUGUUAUCAAGGAAAGAGCAUCCAAGUUUAUUUCA